AUGAGCAAACCAACCUUCAUCUUCGCCCCGGGCGCGUGGUACCCGCCCACCGCAUUCAACCCCCUCAUUGAGAAACUGGACGACUACACCUGCCACACAGUCGCAUUCCCCUCAAUCCAGCAAUCAACCACAGUACAAGACCUGCAACCGGACAUUGACAGUGUCCGCACAAUAGUGAACGGGCUGAGCAAGACCGAGCGCGAAAAGAAGGGCAAGAAAGGUGGUGUCGUCAAGCUUGUUUUCAUUGCGGCGUUCAUUCCUCAGAUCGGGGAGAGUUUGAUCAGUGCGUUUGGUGGAACCCCGCCGCCGUGGUACAUUCGCGAUGCGCAGGUCGAGAAUGGAACCGUCACGGCCAGUGAUCCGUUCUGGCUUUUCUUCCAUGAUGUUCCUGAUGGGCAGGACUGGGCUGCUACGCUGAAACCUCAUGCGUGGGCGACGAAGAAUACGCCUGCGACUAGUGCGGCGUAUUAUCAGAUUCCGUCGGCGUAUUUGAUUUGUGAAGAGGAUCGGGCCAUUCCGAUGGCGGUGCAGCAGUUGAUGGUCGAUCGGGCCCAGACGAGAGGUGCGACCAUUGAGACGGAGAAGAUCCCUACGUCGCAUUCACCUUGGCUUGUGUAUCCGGAGAGGGUGGCGAAUUAUCUGCGGCGACAAGCUGGAGAGUCGGUUUGA